AUGUUUUUACGUACUCAAGCUCGUUUCUUACAUGCUACUACCAAGAAGAUGGACUUCUCCAAAAUGUCCAUCGUCGGCCGCAUUGGCUCCGAAUUCACUGAACAUACUUCCGCUAACAACAAUCGUUAUUUGAAAUAUAGUAUCGCUUCGCAACCAAGAAGGGACGGCCAAACCAAUUGGUACAACAUCACUGUGUUCAAUGAACCUCAAAUCAAUUUUUUGACGGAAUAUGUUAGAAAAGGCGCUUUGGUAUAUGUUGAAGCUGACGCUGCUAACUAUGUCUUCGAAAGGGACGACGGUUCCAAGGGUACUACUUUGAGUUUAGUUCAAAAGGACAUUAAUUUAUUAAAGAAUGGGAAGAAAAUAGAAGAUGCUGAGGGUCAAGAAAAUGCUGCUUCUUCAGAAUGA